UUCUUAUAAUUUUUGGAGUGGAAGUGGUACGAAUUGGUGGUCAAAGUUAAGGUGGAGGUUGUUAUCAGUUUCAGUUCUUAUUUUAUUCUCGGCCAAGAUAGUCCUCUGAAAAGACAAAACAAGACGGUCUCCGAAUCAUCGCAUUAAUUCGAUAAUUUGCUGUGCGUAGUCAAAACGAUGUCGCUCAUAGAAAACCUCAAGUCACAAUAUGAAACUUUACUGGUCGGACUGAAUCCAACCGUAGACGAAUGGCUCUUCAUGAAGUCCCCGUUGCCGAUACUAACGAUUUUAGCGUUUUAUUUGUAUUUCGUGCUGAAACUGGGUCCUAAACUAAUGGAAAAUCGAAAACCAUUCGAUAUGCAGUUUCUUCUUGUGCUGUAUAAUGCAUAUCAGGUGGUGUUUUCCACAUGGUUGUGUGCACAGUUCGGACGAUGUCUAUGUGUAGGCAAUACAACGACCGAUUCAGCUAAUUCAAUCUAUGAAAAUUUAAUGGAAUUUAAGGUUUUUCAAGUAAACAACUGUUUUCAAUACAUCUUUAACUUUGGCUGCAGACCACCGUCUUCCGAUGAAGCAUUCGCUUCUGCUUUAUGGCGCGGAGCCUGGUGGUAUUUCUUUUCAAAAAUCGUUGAUUUAUUGGACACAGUGUUCUUUGUCCUUCGGAAAAAACAAAACCAAGUAUCAUUUCUACACGUCUACCAUCAUUCGAUAACGUGCUUCUUCUCAUGGGGAUAUCUAAAAUAUUUACCAGGUGAACAAGGAAUUCUGUUGGGUUUCCUCAAUUCAUUCGUACACAUAUUCAUGUACUUCUACUAUAUGGUCGCGGCAAUGGGACCCAAAUAUCGGAAAUUCUUAUGGUGGAAGAAAUAUAUGACAUGGAUUCAACUCAUCCAAUUCACCAUCAUGUUAACGUAUUUGGUAUUGCUGGUGGCCUUCGACUGUAAAUUCAGUCGAGCCCUUACAUUUUUCUUCGUCGGCAAUGUGGUCAUUUUCUUGUAUUUGUUUAGUCGUUUCUACGUGCAGGCCUACAAUAGUAAAAAAGCAUCGGCGGCAAAGGCGCUCGAUCAGAAUCAAAAUGGCCACAUGAUCGACAGAAAUAUUAACAUAAAGCAAGACUGAUUAAUUAAGGCAUCCUCUCUGUAUCAAUCCGAAAACAAAGAAAAUUUGAAAAUUU